UUGAACCUAUACAGCGCCAUUUUUGGGGGAUUUUUCCUACUUUCCGAUAUUCUUUCUCAGGAAACACCGGUUACGGUCGUGGCCAAAACCAGAUCUCAAGUUUCCCGACCUCCGAAUGCAGCGAAUGUCUCGAAGGAUACUGCUAGUAAGCCGAUAACUGUAGUUCGUCGAGGCACCAAGCGGUCUACCAUAUCGACGGAUACGUCUUUAGAAACUGUUUCCCGUACAGUUUGGCGACGGCGUGGCACUGUCAAACAAACACCUACAACGAUCGCAUUGAACAGUCUUGAUGCAUCAACUGUCACACCGGCUCCCGCACGGAAAGCGUCACAGCUCAAACGGCCUUUGGCAAAUACGACAUUUUUAAGUCAGGACGAGCCUAUUGCUGCUCGUCUUCGGGUGCGUUCUACUCAAAUGUCUUACUUGGAAUCGAACAUGACUCGACUAUUGGAGACCGAUUACAGUUGA